AUGCUCGACGAGAAAUUAACGGAAUGGUGCAUGAAAAUACGAAAGAAACUUUUGUCACUUGUGAUUAUUUCUGAAAGAAGGAAUUUGUUGAAUACUGUUAUCCGAAUAAAAAAUUGGAUGAAAUUGGAUGAAAACGUAGAAGCUUCCAUAAUUAUAGAUCUAGAAAGAUACGACAAAAAAGACAACGAUAAUAUUUGUGUUCAAAUUGGGGAUUCAGGAACUGUAGCUAAAGAUUCAGUAACAAUCUCGAAAGAACUAGCAAUUGACAAUGAGGCUUUAGCUUCUGAAUAUUCUGUAGCGUUUUCUUCGACAAAUGUUCGCAACGAAAUAGUGAUAGUACAGGAAAAUGACGAAAUGAAAAGCAUGGACUCCUUUUGUCAGGCAGUGGAUCAGGAAGAUGCAAAAAAUAUUUUUGUAGCUGAUACGAAUUUCACGCCUUAUACAUUCGGUCAAAUGGGAGGAAUGCUAGAAAGCGGUGAUGUAAGAUCGGGAAAUCCAACAUCCUUUUCAGCAUCGAUGCAAACCAAAUACAAUAACGGUUUUACAGAAGUUAUAAGCCAGAGAGAAACUUACGGAAUUCAGUUUGCUGAUCACGUAAGUGAAGUCGAUGUACAAAUUGAUGCAAGGUCUCAGGCAAAGAUAACUUUAAUUUCGGAAGAAAAUGUGGACGAAAUGGUCAUAUGUGCCGAACCUAUUAUGCUAAUCAGGAACAAGAACUCUAUAUCCGAACGGCUAAAAAAUGCGUUCAAAACUAUACGUUUGAUGAGUUGA